AUGGAUAAUCAUAAUGAUCAAAAUGAAACUCCUCUCUUUGAAGAGGAAUUAGAGGAUAAUGUUAAUUUAAAUAAGGAAGAAGAAAUAGAAGAAUUACAGGGUGUUGAUGAUCAAAUUGAGGCAUAUAAUAGUGUUAAAAGAAGACGCAUGGAUAGUAGUGGUCUUGUUGAUAGCGAAGUAGUUGGUGAAGAAUCAGAGUUAAUUGAAGAAGAUGAGCUUAUUGAUGUUGAAGGUGAUGAUGGUUUACCGCCUGAAACUAUUGUUUAUGAUAAUAAUCAACCAUAUGUAUUGGAAAGAGAAGAUAGUAUUGGAAGAAAAGGUAGAAAACGUAACUCGUCUCAAGGAUUUGCACAAUCAUCGACUCCAAGAGUUUUUACUGUUCAGUCUGAUGGAACGCCAGUACCAUUAACCCCACAAAGGCAAUAUUAUAACACUAGGGGACAAGGUAGAGGACGUACAAGUUUAAGUGAAUAUGAUGGUACAUCAUCAUCAAUAAAUCGUAGGAAUACAGAAAAAAUUGACUGGAAUAAUGAACAAGUUGAAGAAAUUGUUCAAAGAUAUGAAGAAAAUCCAAGAUGUGGUAAUAUGAGAGAUGUUGCACGUCAAAUUAGUACUGUUACUGGUACAUAUAUAUCACACUCAACUGUUUUUAAACAACUUCAAAAAAGACGACGAGCUCGAGAAGCUGAAGGUAGUGAGUAUAAUGAAACACAAUCUUAUGAAUAUGAAUAUUAUGAUCAGGAUAGUUAUGCUGAUGAUUCAAAAUAUCAGGAUACGAGUACUGAUUAUCAUAAUACGACUGGAAAUUCUUCUAUGCUUAAUAGUUCAAAUGUUACUCAAAUUUCAACUGGUACUCCAAAAGUUUUUAUGCUUAAGAAAGUUGACAAUAGUUCGGGAACUGGACCUAGAUAUAAUCCUGUUGAAUUGACACCGGCUGAUGAGAAGCCAAUAUUUAAAAAACCAUCUAACCAAAGGAUGGGUGAAAAAGCAGGUUCUGAAGAAAACUAUGAUCAUGUAGAGAAUAGGUUUCAUGGAAUGAUGAAAACACCCUUAGAAAGUUUAAAUGUAAAAAUUUUGCUAACAGGACGUUUUACUGAAUCCAUUCUAGCUAUACCAGAGGAAAAUGGACUUUACCGUGAGUAUUUUCUUACAAAUACCAGACAAGAUGGUAGAGUAAGAUAUUAUCGUUGUAGUAAGUGUUGUAGAUUACGCAAGACGUAUAAAGAUAUUAUUGAACCAAAAAUAAAAGUUCUUGAUGGUUGUAUUCUUGGUGAUUUUAGAAGUAUUGUUCAUCAUGAAGAAUGUAAACCAAUAACAGAAUUAGAAGCAACUGUUAAACAAAUUGAUAGAGAUUGUCGUAGACGUGUACGUAAUGGAGAAAUGACACCUCAUGAAAGUUGGAUUGAAGGUAGAGAAAGGCUGGUACGUCAUUUAACGGCUAAUAUGCCAAAAGGAUCCGAACAACCUAGUUAUGAAGCUUUAGCCAAUCUUUUUCCAUCAUAUAAAAAAGUAAAACAGCAAUAUUUUAGGCAUAAAAGAAUGGGAAAAGUUGAUAAGCCUAAACAAAGUAAAGCCUCAAAAAUGGCUAUGGAUGAUAAACAAUUUGGAAAUAUGUUGAAGAAGUAUAAACUCACAUUAAGAGGUUUAGAAACAAAUAGUGCUGAUGAAACUUUUCUUUUAAUGUGUGAUCGUGGUCAAGGAAUUCUUGUUUUUGCUUCAGACAAAGAUCUUCGUCUUGGCGGUGAAAGUGAUAUUCUUUGUGGACGUAGCUCAAGUGAAAUUGGUUGCGAAGAUGGUAAGAAAACUGUAUAUACUGUUCAUGCAAAAUUAAAUAUUGCUGAUGCCUUUGAAUGGGUACCAAUAUUAUAUGCAGUUAUUGAAAGACGUGAUCAAAAAAAUUUCUUUGAUAUAUUUGCUUUAAUAACUCAAAGAUGGCAUGAAAUGGGUGUUAGUCCACGAUUUGAAAGGUUUUUCUGUGAGUUUGAUCGUCACCAAAUUCAAGCAGCUUCUGAAGCAUUUGGUGCACAAUUUGUUUCUGUUUUAUAUAUGGAUUAUUUAAGAGUUGUUCUUAACACAACGAAAAAUUUUCAUUUAAAUAAAUAUUUAGGGGAUCCAAACACGGCUCUUGAACCAAUACGAUUUUGGGUUCGAUCAAUGUGUUGUGUACCAUUAUUACCACCUAAUUAUGUUAUACCAUUUUGGAGAUUUGUUCUUGCUAAAGCACCUGUACUGUCUGAAUCUGAAAUAGGUGAUGAUCUCGAAGAUAUAAAUAAGCAAAUGAGUGUUAUGUUAGGACUAAUAAACGAAAAUUGGAUGGAUGAAGGAAUAAUAAAAAAUUGGAAUCAUUGGUGUUCUGGAAGAUAUACAGCAAUACCAUAUCCUCCUGGAUAUGAUGAUUAUAUGCAUAAAAAUGGUCUUGCUUUUAGUGAACCUCUUCAUAUAACAAAUAUUCUUCAUACUAUUCAUACAAUGCAAGCAGCUUAUGAAGAAAACUCUUCUAUAUUGCAAGAAAAUCCAACAAGUGCUAUCGUUCUCAGUCAAGAUUACAAAGAAUUUGAUAUUAAGUUAAGUUCUUUACAAGAAACUUUUGAACAGGAGCUAGAAAAUAUUAUUGGACCAAAUGGCACCGUUGGUUGGACAGCUGUUAUACCAAUAUUGGAGAAAUAUAUAAAAAAUGUUGUAGACAUAAUAAUACCACUUAAAGAUGCUAAAUUAGAUUUUGAAGAUUUAAAUGGUGAUAAUGGCAGUUCUCAGGAUGUUGAAGUGGAGUGA